AUGCAGAGGGUUCUAGAGAUGCUGGCGAAGAUGGGGAACGAGAUGGUGGACCUGAAACAUCGAGUAUCCGAACAAAGCGACACGAUCAGGAAGCUGAGCGCGACGGUUUACAAGCAAAGCACCAUCAUUCAAGGACAGGAAGAUCUCAUCCGAGGCUUGGAGGCCCAAGUCCAGGAAUCCAAGGAAGAGUUUCGACGCAAGAGCGAUGAGCACGACGCGGAAUUAAAGCGGGGACAUCGGGAUCUUCAGAGAGAAGUUGUCGCUGUGAAAGAGCAACUGGCCCAGCUUACGCAGAAGCUGAAUGCUUCGGGGGAGGUGACUCUGUCAAGCGGCGCUCGAGCAACGUUUGCCGAUAUUGCGCGCACACUGCCAGCGAGCCCGCCGACCAGUCUAUCCAGCGUGGCUGUCCCAAGAAAGCAGCAGACAGCCAGCGAUCGUCUCCAAUGUACCAUCGACACAUCUCGCGCCAUCGAGACUGAGGUGAGAGCGAGGAACGGACAAGAGACCUGGAGAGACGAAACCGAGCUUCAGAUGGUCAAAGAGGCUGCGCAAAAGACAGCCGUGGAAGGUUCACGAGUUAUGCGAGACCAGCUGUAUCCGGUCCGAGUCGACAACGCCAACCGGACAGCAAUCCUUGACGCGGAAGGCAACGUUCUGCCUGGAGCGAUUGAGGCCCUGAGCGCCGAAAACAGAGUGACCAUUGGCAAGAUUUCCUGGUUGAGCAAACGAGAGUCCGGCAAAGCGUACGGAUCCAUGGUGGUGUAUGUCACCAAGAAAUGCGAUGCAGAAAGACUCCUGGAGGGCUACUACUUUGACCUAGCGGGAGAGUCUGCUACGACUUAUGUGUUCGAGCCAAGAACGGGACCGAUCCAAUGCUUCAACUGCCAGGAGAUCGGCCACAAAGCAUAUUCAUGCAAGAAGCAGCGGACAUGCGGCAAGUGCGCAAAUGUUGGGCAUCACCACAACGAGUGCACAUCCCUCCGCAUCCUACAGCUGAAUGCGCACAAGAGUGAUGUGGUGCAGCAAAGCCUGAUGAACGACGCAGGCCUCAAGGACUUUGCUGUGCUAGCUCUUUCUGAGCCGUAUGCGCGUGUUAUCGACGGAGAGGUGGUGACGAGCCCUAUGGGACACCAUAACUGGACAAAAAUGAUACCGACAUGUACUCGUGACGGCCUGUGGCCGAUUCGUAGCAUGCUUUGGAUUCGAAGUGACCUUGAGGCGGAGCAAGUGCCUGUGCCGUCGGCCGAUCUCACAGCAGUGGUACUCCGACUCGAGGGGAGGGAAGUGAUGGUGGUAUCAGUGUACGUGGAAGGAAAGAACGACGAGGCGCUGACGAGCGCGAUGGAGCUGUUGCGCGACCUGAUCGAUCGCUUCCGUGAUGGGACAGGAAACCGCACAGAUGUGGUUCUGGCGGGAGACUUCAACCGCCACGAUCUCCUCUGGGGCGGAGAUGAUGUGUCACCAAACAGACAAGGGGAGGGCCAGCCCAUCAUUGACCUGAUGAACGACUUUGGUCUCAGCAGUCUUCUCCGCCGGGGUACGAAAACGUGGCAGAGGCUGGACGAGGAGAGCACCAUCGACUUAGUGCUGGCGACGAUGGAGCUGGCGGACGAGGUGACAUCCUGCAUGAUUCACCCGACAGAGCACGGAUCGGACCAUAGAGCGAUCCAAACAACCUUCGACAUUCGAGUGCCGGAGCGUACCUUUCCGCAGCGCCUGAUGCUCAAGAACGCGCCGUGGAUCGCCAUCGCAACCAGGGUUGAGGACGAGCUUCGGCCUCUUCCGUGGGAUGUGGGGGUGCAGACGCAGGCGGAUCAGCUCAUGCGGGUGGUCACCGAGGUGCUUCAUGAUUUGACGCCUCGAGCACAGCCGCCGCCGUACGCAAAGCGAUGGUGGACAAAGGACCUGACGCGUUUGCGGCAAAUGUACACGUAUUGGCGCAAUCAAGCAAGGGCGCAGCGAAGAGCAGGUCAAUCGCGGCCGGAUCUGGAGCAGCGGGCCAAGGACGCUGCCAAGGAGUACCACGACAACCUGCGGAAACAGAAGAAGUCCCAUUGGGACGACUUCGUCACCGACGAGAACAACAUUUGGAAAGUGGCCAAGUAUCUGAAACCCGGCGCGGAUAUGUUCGUUGACAAGGUGCCGACGUUGAGGAGAGCCGACGGCUCGAUCACCAAAGGUAAAGCAGAGCAAGGCGAGGAGCUCCUGAGCACCUUCUUCCCGCCUCUGCCAACCAUGAUCGAACGGGAAGAGAUUGAGGAAAAGGUGAUGACGGCCAAGUCUUGGAAAGCACCUGGAGAGGACGGCCUCCCUGCGAUUGUAUGGAAGAAGCUCUGGCACGUGGUCAAGCAUCGGGUGUGGACGCUGUUCGACUCGUCGCUUCGAGAGGGCGUGGUGCCCCACCAAUGGAGGACGGCCAAGAUCAUUCCGCUGAGGAAGCCGGAUAAGGACGAUUACAGACUGGCCAAGGCGUGGCGACCGAUCUCGCUGCUGUCAACGCUGGGCAAGAUCCUCGAAGCAGUCGUUGCAGAACGUAUCAGCUAUGCAGUCGAAGCUCAUGGGCUGUUGCCCGCGAACCACUUUGGUGCACGGAAACGCAGGUCGGCAGACCAAGCACUCGCGCUUCUGCAGGAGCGGAUCUACAAGGCUUGGAGAAUGGGCAGGGUUCUGAGUCUCGUCAGUUUCGACGUCAAAGGGGCGUACAAUGGAGUGUGCAAAGAGCGGCUGCUUGAAAGGAUGAAGGCUCGAGGCAUUCCGAGUCGCCUGGUCAAGUGGGUAGAUGCCUUCUGCUCGGAACGGACCGCAUCAGUGGUUGUCAACGGGUACACGUCGGAGCAGCAAGCCCUGGCGCAGGCCGGCUUACCCCAAGGAUCUCCACUAUCACCGGUGGCAUUCCUGUUCUUCAACGCGGACCUGGUGCAGAGGCGAAUCAGUAACAACAGUGGCUCCAUUGCCUUCGUGGACGACUACUCUGCCUGGGUCACUGGGCCAACGGCCGAGUCGAACAGAUAUGGUAUUCAGUCGAUUAUCGAUGAUGCGCUUGAUUGGGAGAAGCGCAGCGGCGCCACAGAGAAUGAUGUCAAGCCGAAGGAGAAUGUGAAGCUUCUGGGAGUCAUCAUGGAUCAAGCACUCCGCUUCAAGGAGCAUAUCGCCGGAAUGGCCUCGCCACAAACGGCGAGGCAGCUAUUCAUUGCGACCGUAGCGCCGACCAUGGACUAUGCCUCCAAUCGAGUCGGGGCCCAGGCUGUCACGGGAGGCUUCCGCACAGUGGCAACAGCAGUGGCCGAGGCCGAGGCCAGCGUGCAGUCAUUCCGAGAACGGCAUGCCCAAGCGGCAGCGAAGUUCUGGAUAAGGAUGCGCACGCUACCGAAGACGCAUCCUCUGACAUCGUUAAGGCUCAAGCUGCACAAAAGGUAUGCUUCGCCGAUGCAGAAGCUCGCCUCGGCAAUGGAAAGACUAGAUACCAAGCGCCUGGAAACCAUCGACGAGUUCGCACUCGCGCCAUGGGAUGAACGAGUGCAGGCAACUUACGAGGCAGACCGAGUAGAGACAAUGAGGCCGGAUGACCCAGAGGAUAUCACUAUCGCGACGUCCAGUUCACAAAGAAAAGGCAAGGUCGGGUUGGGAGGCGUCGUUCGGGAUGCUUCCUGCGACAGCGCAGACGGGGUGCUGGCCAGCUACUCCGUCACCCUCGGCCCCAGCGAUGAGCAGAAUGCCUACACAGCAGGACUCGAGGCAAUCGCCACGGCCCUGAGUCUGGUCAAUGCACGAUACGGGCGAUAUACGGAUCUGUUGAGUUCCUAG